AUGGGGCCAGUACUGCUGAGCUGGGUCCUGGUGAUGCUCUGGGCGCCUGCGGCUCCAGUCGAGGUCUUGCUGCAGCCUGACUUUGAUGCUCAGAAGUUCUCAGGCCUCUGGUAUGUUGGGGCCAUCGUGUCGGACUGCAAAGUCUUCCUGGGCAAGAAGGAUCACAUGCUGAUGUCCACCAGGGCUGUCAAUGCCACUGCGGAGGGUGACCUCAAUGUCCACAUGGAGUUUCCAGGGCAAGACAGCUGUAACCGGAAGGAUGCCGUGUACCUGAGGGUGGGCUCCCAGGGGCACUUCCGAGUGCCAGCCCUGGGCUACCUGGAUGUGCGCGUCUCUCACACUGACUACAGCUCCUUCGCCGUUGUCUACAUCUACAAGGAGCUGGAGGGUGUGCUGAGCACCAUGGUGCAGCUCUACAGCAGGACCCAGGACCUGAGUCCGCAGGCCCUGAAGGCCUUCCGUGACUUCUACCCAACUGUGGGGCUCCUGGAUGACAUGAUGGUCAUGCUGCCUAAGUCAGCCCCUUGCUUCUGGCCUCCGUUUGGGACAGCCGCCCUGGCUCCUGGGGAUGCAACAAUAAGCUACAACAAGUAG